AUUAUUUGUGACGUUCUUGUAAGGUAUAUUUAUAAAACAUUUGAGAAAAUGUGUUUGUCUCGCUCAAAAUAAGUGCAUGAACACAUCGGACAUGAAUAAUUAAAAUACAGCGGGGAUACGGGACCUCUACGUCAUCGACGUGCGACAGCGCUCCCCUAACACAAUUUGACGGGGCGGCUCGUCUUUGCUGGCCGAGAAAAAAUGUCUGGAAGUUUUUAUUUUGUCAUGGUUGGUCAUCAUGACAACCCUGUGUUUGAAAUGGAGUUCUUGCCAACUGGGAAGGCUGAAUCAAAGGAUGACCACCGUCACCUGAACCAGUUCAUUGCACACGCAGCCCUGGAUUUGGUGGAUGAAAACAUGUGGCUUUCCAACAACAUGUACUUGAAAACUGUGGACAAAUUCAACGAGUGGUUUGUGUCUGCCUUUGUCACUGCAGGGCAUAUGAGAUUCAUCAUGCUGCAUGAUGUGCGACAAGAGGAUGGAAUCAAAAACUUCUUUAAUGAUGUUUAUGAUUUAUACAUCAAGUUUGCAAUGAAUCCAUUCUAUGAAAUCAAUGCUCCAAUUCGUUCCACAGCAUUUGACAGAAAAGUCCAGUUUCUUGGCAAGAAACAUCUCUUGAGUUGAUUACUAAAUACGGAGAAUAGUCCGUACAUGUCCUGUUUUUGUAAAUAUAUUCUCUUCUGUUUUAUGUCUCAAACACUGUGUGGUGUAUGUGCAUUUGUCAAUACUUUUUCUUCCUGCAUUGCAUGACGUGGUACUUGUAAUCAUAUAAAGUUCUUUUCAACAAUUUCGAAGUGGAUUGUCUAUUAGAUCUCAUUUUUGUCUUAUAUUAAAACUAACAUUCUUAUUUAAAUAUGCCCAUCUUUAGCUCUUGAAUGUUUUUUUUGGGGGG